UUUCUCCCAUUGCAAAGCCUUUCGCAUUCACACAAGUUGUUUGCCGAAGAAUCCUCACCAUGACUUCCUACGCGCAACAGAGACAAUUUACCAAUGGCGAUCCUGUUUUGGUCCACGUCGAAUUUGAGGUUUUCGGAGGAGUUCAAGGUGUUAAUUUUACAAAAUAUUGUAAAGAAAUGUGCGACAGGUUUGGCUUGAAAGGAUGGACGAAACUGUCAUCUUGGGGAACAGUUCAAGGUGUCAUUCAAGGGGAGAGAGGAAAAGUAGAUGAAAUGGCAAUGUGGCUGCAGCACCAAGGAAGUCCAGGAUCCCGUAUUGAAUUGUGCGAAUUGAGAAACUGGCAAAUACUGGACAAGUGUGAUUAUCGUCAUUUUAGUGUCAGAUUUUAAAUGCUCAAAUAUUUUUACUUAACAAUAUUUAUGUUGAAAUUUUAAUAAAAUAUACUUGCUUGUUA